UCCCCUGAGCGAACCUUUAGAACUCUGAGACAGACAAUAUUCUGUUACAUUGUAGCAAAAUGGCGACUGUCAUUCACAACCCCCUGAAAGCGCUCGGAGACCAGUUCUAUAAGGAAGCCAUCGAGCACUGUCGGAGUUAUAACUCAAGGCUGUGUGCGGAGCGCAGCGUGCGGCUCCCCUUUCUGGACUCGCAGACCGGGGUGGCUCAGAACAACUGCUACAUCUGGAUGGAGAAGAGGCACCGAGGCCCAGGCCUCGCUCCAGGCCAGCUGUACACAUAUCCUGCCCGCUGCUGGCGCAAGAAGAGACGAUUACACCCACCCGAGGACCCAAAGCUGCGUCUGCUGGAAAUUAAACCUGAAGUGGAGUUGCCCCUGAAGAAGGACGGGCUCACCUCUGAAAGCACCACCCUGGAGGCCUUGCUCCGAGGGGGAGGGGUAGAGAAGAAGGUGGAUGCCAGAGAGGAAGAGAGCAUCCAGGAGAUACAGAGGGUUUUGGAAAAUGAGGAAAAUGUGGAAGAAGGAAAUGAAGAAGAGGAUUUGGAAGAAGAUAUUCCUAAGAGAAAGAACAGGACCAGAGGACGGGCCCGUGGCUCUACAGGUGGUAGGAGGAGACAGGACGCUGCUUCCCAGGAAGACCAUGACAAGCCUUACGUCUGUGACAUCUGCGGCAAACGCUACAAGAACCGGCCAGGACUCAGCUACCACUAUGCUCACACUCACCUGGCCAGCGAGGAGGGGGAUGAAGCCCAGGAACAGGAGACUCAGUCCCCACCCAACCACAGAAAUGAGAACCACAGACCCCAGAAAGGACCGGAUGGGACAGUCAUUCCUAACAACUACUGUGACUUCUGCUUGGGAGGCUCUAACAUGAACAAGAAGAGUGGGCGACCUGAGGAGCUGGUGUCCUGUGCAGACUGUGGACGCUCUGGCCACCCAACCUGUCUGCAGUUCACGCUGAACAUGACUGAGGCUGUUAAAACCUACAAGUGGCAGUGCAUCGAGUGCAAAUCCUGCAUCCUCUGCGGGACCUCAGAGAAUGAUGACCAGCUCCUCUUCUGUGAUGACUGUGACCGUGGCUACCACAUGUACUGUUUAAAUCCUCCAGUGGCUGAGCCCCCAGAAGGAAGCUGGAGUUGCCACUUAUGCUGGGAACUGCUCAAAGAAAAAGCCUCAGCCUUUGGCUGCCAAGCCUAGGCCCCAGGUCACAGAAGAAUCUGCUCCAGAGCCCAGCCCAAAGCAGAUUGAGCCCUGACUGCCAUACGUCCAGACAGGCCAACUGUAAGGAAAACCAAUAAUCCCAGCGGGCAUGGACACAUGCAACCCAGAGGGUGAGGCAUACCUCUGACACACAGGUUUUGCUUCUUCACCCAACCCCUUCUUGUUUGUACCAGAAGAAUCUCGCGCUUUUGAAGAACAGCCCAGCAGCGGCCCUGUGUGUGGACUCCCUCCCUCUCACGUUAUCCUAAUGCUGUGAUCCUCUCCCUGGUUUCCAUUUCAAGGGGAACCAUUUUGUGACAAUUUAGCAGUCAUUUGUGUGUCGUGUGGUGUUUCCUAUCUACUGUGUUCUGAGGGAUUUCCCCAUAGCCUCCUUGUUGCUAGCCCAGGCUCCUGUUCCUGAACUCGUCAGAGGCACCAAGGACUGAAGAGGAGUCCUUUAUCACAUGAGCCACUGUAAGCUUCUAGAGAGGGGAGCCUGGCAGCCAUCUUGACAGUGCAGCCCUGGAAUCUCUCUGGUGAAGCCAGAAUCUGUGAAGAAGUGCUGCUUGUCGAACCCCCAAAAGGCCAACAACUGCAUUUACAGACAGGCUGAUCUUUUAUUAUUAUUAGUAGUAGUAAUUUAAUAUUGAUUUACAAGACUGUUAGAUAACAAGGGCACAAUUCCAUACAGUUCCCACCACCAGAGUCCAUGUCUCAUCCCCUCCGUUGAAAACUUCCUUAUUCUUUACCCCUCUGGGACUAUGGACCAAAAUUCUUUAAGGUGGUGCAGAAGGUGUUAAGAGUUCUGGCUUCUGUAAUUGCUUCUCCUCUGGACAGGUAUGUAGGCUGGUUGAUCCAUACAGGACUGACCUCUUGAUGGGACUGGGCAGGAAAUGGAAGGUAUUGAGGGGGUGGUGGUGGCAAAUACUGUGAAAAGGAUUCUGAGGUUCCAGCAAGCCAGUCAGGAUUUAUUAUCAUCGUCAGGAUGGGUUUGCAAGAGACCAUGAAGAGUCACUAUCUGAAUGAGGGCUUCCCGGAGGUGAGAGCAGCCUCAGCCUGUGGUUACAGGAAAGGCAGAGAUUCUGCCUCCCCGCCCACCUAGGCCUGCAGCUUUCCCUGGUGGAACUCGAGGACCAAGAAGAGGAGCUGAGGUCUAGAACACGCAUCUCGGUACAAAGGACUGGAGCUACGGAGAAACCUUCAGUACUGACACACACACGCGGACUCCUCUCCUCCCAAGUAAUCGCUCCCUUCCACACAGUGAGUGUGCAUCUGCCCUUGUCUACUGAGGAGACUUAACUAAGGAAAUCCUAGGAUGGAGGAGUGGCAGCUGUUACCCAGAGGGAGAGCUGGGAUGAUAGGAUUACUGACGGCCAGGGGAGCAAGGACAUGGAAUUCUCAACUUGCAGUCUGCUCUUGCCUCCUGAACUCUGAGAAACCUGCUCAACACUUGAUUUAAAAAAAAAAAUGGGGCCAGGGGUAGAUAGCAUAAUGGUUCUGCAAAGAGACU